CAAAAAACACGGAAAAAGCGACUCGCAAAAAAUGCAGACAAGCCCUUCCACUGAGUUUGGACGCGACCACAUUGGCCUCUGGGCAGAGCACGACUCAAGUCUCCUAAGAUGUGGGCUGGAGCUGGCAACGAACUGAUGGGCGAGGGGAUCGUCUCGCAGCCCGAACAGCAAGGACGCAGGCCUGGCGGCAUUCACUAGGCACCUGUGGGACCGCUGGGCGACGACCCGGGCCUCUCAUGCCGGAGGUCUCCAAGGGCAACGCCACGGCGGCACUUCCUGCAACGCCGCGAUGCAACAGACGCCUCUAUUAUACAUCACUUCCUGGGCUCGUCGUUAUUCGAGUUUUUGGUCGUUUCCCCCACCCCCGCCCUUGGUGCCGGUACGGUGGCCGAGGAGGAUCGUGUGCGGAGGAAGUACCGGGCGGGUGGGUGUGCGCACCCGGGCCAGAGGUGCACGUGGCGCCGGUAGGAGCGAGCAUGUCUUUUCGAGGCGGAGGCCGUGGAGGCUUUCAUCGAGGUGGUGGAGGUGGCGGCUUUAAUCGCGGCGGCGGCGGCGGCGGCAGCAACAAUCACUUCCGAGGUGGAGGCGGCGGCAAUUUCAGAGGCGGAGGCGGUAAUUUCAGAGGCGGAGGCGGUAAUUUCAGAGGAGGCGGCGGCGGCAGAGGAGGAUUUGGACGAGGCGGUGGCCGCGGAGGCUUUAACAAAGGCCAAGACCUAGGACCUCCAGAACAUGUCGUUUUAUUAGGAGAGUUCCUGCAUCCCUGUGAAGAUGACAUAGUUUGUAAAUGUACCACAGAUGAAAAUAAGGUGCCUUAUUCCAAUGCUCCAGUUUAUUUAGAAAACAAAGAGCAAAUUGGAAAAGUGGAUGAAAUAUUUGGACAACUUAGAGAUUUUUAUUUUUCAGUUAAAUUGUCAGAAAACAUGAAGGCAUCUUCCUUUAAAAAACUGCAGAAGUUUUAUAUAGAUCCAUAUAAGCUGCUGCCACUGCAGAGGUUUUUACCUCGACCUCCAGGAGAGAAGGGACCUCCAAGAGGCGGUGGCAGGGGCGGUCGAGGAGGAGGCAGAGGAGGAGUUGGCAGAGGUGGUAGAGGUGGUGGCUUUAGAGGUGCGAGAGGAGGAGGAGGUAGAGGUGGGGGCUUCAGAGGAGGGAGAGGAGGCGGUGGUGGUUUCAGAGGGAGAGGACAUUAAGUAACAAUUGACAGAAACUUCAGCUGAUUUCUGCGUUAACCUGUAGUGAUCUACUUCUAUGGAUCAGAAACUUUGUUUCUUGAGCAAGCCUUGAAGAACUAUGACAGUGGCACUUACAUGUUAACAUCAUACAAACAGUGCAACAGAAUAGGCAGUUUUGCUCUACAAGUAUGAACAAGUGUUUUAAUGUUUUGUAUAAUGCUUGGAACUGUGGUUGCUUAGUAAAUGGACAGUUUUCAUUUGCAGCAUAUAUGAAUUUUUAAAAUAAAGUGUUUUAUUCCUUUAAGUUAUUUAGAGCUGUGUUUAUUAAACCAGAGCUAUUUUUGAAGUUAAAAGAACAACUAAAGCUGAAACCCAGUGGCCGUCACAUAGAAAAAAUGAUUUGGUUCCAUAUAUAACUGAUCUUUAAAAAAAAUUGGCUAGUGGAGCAGUUAUUUAUAAACUAACACCCCUUUCAAAAUGUUUGCCUUUUGUAUACAAGAACACCAGCACCCUUUAUUGUAUUGUAUUUUCCUUCUCUGUGUUAGCAGUUUCUCUAAUUGCAAUUAAUAAUUAAUUAGAAAAUUUUAGUAUUGAUUAUGAAUCUAUUAAAGUUGGGACAGCUCUGUUCAAAGUGAGAACUAAAGUUCAAGAAAUUUCUGAAAUGCUUAAUUUUUCUUAUUCAAUAUAGAUUGAAUGUUGAGUUUUA